AUGAGGAACAGAGUCCUCCGACGUCCCUUUUGGCAUAUUGCCGAUGUUCCGCUUGUUGUCCAAGAAUGGACUCCAGACACUGAAUCAUCAAAGCCUGAUCUUACAGCCAUUCCCCUCUGGGUGGACCUAAAAGGAGUCCCUGGACACCUAUUCUCACAAGUUGGACUCACGUUCUUCGUUGACACAAUUGGAAAAACCGCUAAUAUUCAUCCUAACACAGUCCGCUGUACCCGUCUGGAUGUUGCUCGCCUCCUAGUAGUUAUGAACUUGGAAAAGCCUUUACCGGACAGUGUCUUGAUCAGAGGUAGAACUACGACAAUUCAAGUCAGCUACCCUUGGCUACCACCUCGAUGUUCCCUGUGCAACAAUUGGGGACACACUGAUAAAGAGUGUGGAAAGGCAAAGGGAGCAAACUCUGAUUCUCGCAAAGAAAAGAAGAUAUCCUCGAAAACGAAACAGACCGAGGCUACUAAUGAUACUAUUUUGAAGUACACCGAUGAUACUAUCUUGGAGAUUCCAGUAAGUACGGAUGUUCGAACUGAUGAACCUAGAGUAUCAGAAGAGGGAAAACCUACAGAUUCUAUGGCAGACCCGCACACCUCUAUCGUGGAUACACAGAGCAACAUUGAGAAGUAUUGGAGGCUUGUAGGAAAUGGUCACAAGGCCUCACCACGGCGUAAAGUUGCACAAAACAGUUCGGAGAACAAAACAAACACUAGAUCACCUUCGCGCUUCCAUCUUCUAGCUGAUGUGGAAGAGGGUGAAGUCGAACUCAGUUGCUCAGAGGAGGAGGAAACAGAGGAAAUUGUGUAUAUUCACAACUACAAUCAUCACCGUCUAGGGAAAAUAUGUGUGGUAUGGUCAGACAAUGUCAAUGUUACAGUCCUCUACAAAAGUUCUCAGAUCAUCACAGUUUGGGUAACCUCAAGCACUGGCGAGCAGUUCCUCUGCUCCUGUAUAUAUGCUUCUAACUUUCAAAAUGAGAGACGACACCUCUGGUCGGAUCUUAUAAAUAUUGGCUCUCAGUAUGCCUCUCCUGUGAUGCCUUGGAUCAUCAUGGGCGACUUCAAUGAGACACUCUCAUCCUCAGAACAUUCCAUAGGCGUGGACCCUCAGAACCAGAGUGGUAUGCGAGACUUCCAGGCUGCGGUUUCAACCUGCAAUCUCACAGACCUGGACGAACAACCAUUCACGCUGCAGAAUCCUUCUAGAGACGCUGCUCUAGGGAAGAAACGACCUUUUAAAUUCUUCAACUUCCUGGCUGAUCAUCCUGACUUCACUACAAUUGUAGCGGAAUCUUGGAACUCCGCCGAACCCCUGUACCACUCGCGUUCUGCUCUGUACCUAUUCCAUCGUAAGCUGAAGCAGUUGAAAUCAGCUAUCAGGCUACUAAACAAAUCACGGUUUGGCAACAUACCUCUUCGAGCAAAGGAGGCAUUUAAAAAUCUCUGUGAUAUGCAAGAGCAAGCUCUCGUAACGCCGAACACUGCCUCUUUUAACAGUGUCUCAGAAGCAAUGGCCACAUGGAAUCAUUGGGCAAGCAUUGAAGAGCGUUUCUACAUGCAGAAGUUUCGCAUAACCUGGCUCAUGUACGGUGAUCAGAACACUAUUUUUUCCACAAGAUAG